UUCUCACCUUCUACCAGCCGAGAGAGGAGCCUCAGUUCUUGGACAAGAAGAACAACUUUCUGUAGAUUUGGAGGAUUCGGCCCUAAUUCUUGGACACGCAUAUCUGGAGAAGCAAAAAUGUCGGCUCCUGGGGAAUCAGGCCCACCAGAGAAUGUUCUGGAGUUCACAUACGUGCCUGUUGUGGUCUAUUCCUUUGUCAUCUUUGGUGUUUGUGCGUGCAUCAUUCCAUAUCUAUCAUGGUGGCUUGUACCAAAAUAUAGAACCAUCAGCACCCCUGAACGGUUUGACUGGAAUUCAAGAAUUCUGUCAGCAUUUCAUGCCUUCUUGGUCAGUAGCCUUGCUAUGUAUAACUGUCUAUUUGACGGACCAACAUGGGAGGAUAAAAUAUGGGGAACAUCUUAUCUGCCAAGAGCAACUAUCGCUCUUACAGCAGGAUACAUUUCUUGUGAUCUGAUAAUCAUGCUUAUUGGCUUCCCGCUCAAAGAAUCUAUCUUCUAUAUCCUCCACCAUGUCGCUGUACUUGGUGCAUUCGCAGCUAAUGUGUUAUAUGGACCCCUGACUUUCUUUGCAAACAUUCGGGUCAAUGCAGAGUUUUCCACUCCAUUUGUAAAUUUAAGAUGGAUGCUGUAUUUGUUAGGGUACAAAGACACCAAGUUUUAUAUGUACAAUGGAUUUGCUAUGCUAGGGGCUUUCUUUGCCGUUAGAGUAGGGAUACUCCCCAUCUUCUACUACUUUAUGCUAAAAUCAUUUUUCGAAGAAGGUUUCCGAAGGCUUCCGAUGUGGAUGACAUUGACCUGUCUCGUCUCCAGCGUUGGCCUAGACUCUAUCAAUGUCUACUGGUUCUUCAAGAUGGCCAGGGGAGCUUCCAGGAUGAUGGCUAAGAAAGCAGCUAUACGGUUGGAGCAAAAGUCCAAUGACAGUUCUGAUUCACAUAUAAAGGAACAGUGAUGAAGCAGUCUGUGCAACAUAAAUGUGAUUUAGACAAGGACAAGGUAUUUUUCCCAUUUGUAACCGACAUAUCACUUAUCAAAACUCACCACUUUUGACCUUGUCCUUUAUUGAUCUUGCCCCUUAUUAUAUAAUGCACAUUCCAUGACUGACAAAUUAUAACAUGUGGGUGUCAUUUUAAAGAAGAAUGAACACACUUUUUAAUUAUACUACCGUAAACAUAGUGAUGAUUGCGCCAUAACAAAAGAGAUAUAAUUAAUUAGACUGUAGUCUCCAAACUUUUUUUGCAGGGUUUUAUUUUUUUGCCAUGGCCAUUUCUUUGAGACAGUGUACCAUAUCAUGUUUAAAUGAAGCUUCUUGUUGGUAUAUAUGUACUUUUUUAUCUGUGUAUUUUUAUAUGCUCAUUGCUUUUUAUAAUAGUAGAAGCUGGGAUUUGUAAAGGAUUGAUAUAUCAAGAGGAAAAAUAGGCACAGAAACUAUGCACUUUGCUUUGCCCAUUGUGCAAUUUUUAUUGGACACUUCAUGUUAAUUGCGACAAUUUAUAUAUAUAUUUUGUAGAUAGGUAUAUUGUAGUGUACUUAUCUU